AUGGAGGAGCUAACAGCAUUAGACAGGAGUCAGACUGAGUACCAGGAGUGUAGUUUAAUGUGUGUUACAAAAACACGACUGCACCAGGAUAUUCCCGAUGACAACGUCUCCAUCGAUGGCUUCAUGAGUGUCCAGGCUGACAGGAACAGCACCGAGAGUGUUCUGCUGAACGUCAUUUCCAAACUUGCACUGGAUCAAUACUAUCCCAACAAGCUUAGACUCCAGUCUCUCCUGGAAAUCAAGAAGACCAGCAGUCAUGACAAUGAAGCUUUGGCUCUGAACCAAAUUCCAUUCCACUUUCUCACAAAGCUAUUCAAACUCAAUGUUGAGUGCAGAAGCUUUAUGACAUUGAUGAACAACGCAGAGGAAGAUAUAUACAAUGAUGUAGAUGAAGAUGAUGAAGAUGAGGUCACUGCUGAUGAUGGUGUUCAUCCUCUGGACCUCAUAGUUGCUCUGUUCCUCUGUGCUGACAGCUGUUUGCAGCAGGAAAUGGCCCUCAAAAUGUCAAUGUGUCAGUUUCCUCUUCCUCUCUUGUUACCACCCACUGAGAACAGCCAGUGCACACUCAUGCUUUGGGCUCUGAGAGGAAUCAUAAAAGAGUGGCAGCCACAUGGUUUGUCAGAGUCGAGAGGGUUCAAGGAGAACUACAUCGUCCAGGAAGGAAUUCCUCUCAUUUCCUUUGUGAGGCUGAAAAACUGCUCCUUAUCCAAAUCUCAGAUUUUAAAUCAAGUCCUGAGUCGUGGCCAGCAGAGUCACAACAUGUUCAUCCACAGAGAGAUGGAGGGAGGAGAAGUGGAGAGGAAAAUAUCUGCUGGUCUGGUUGAGGUUGGUUGGUUUCUCCCCAGUGGAAGAGAAAAUCUUGAUGUUUUCUCCAAUCCAGUUGCAUUUGCAAACCUGCGAGGAGACAUCUCAGAGUCCCAAACACAAUUCACUUUCCUCAUGGAGGUGUCCACUGCUGUGUUUGUUUUCCUGGACAGAGUGGAAGAGGCUGAAAACCUAACUCUCAGAUCAGUGGAAUAUCUAAAAUCUAAAAUAUUCCUUGUCGUGAACAGUCGUGAAAACAAAAAAUCAAUCAAUAAAAUACUUGAAGAACUGAAGCUGCCAAAAAACAAAGUCAUCAUGAAAGAUUCAAAUGUAUCUAGGAUUUCAAAGAAACUCUGUGAAACCAUCAAGACUUUGGUAACUGAUUUAAACCACAUCAGUGUUGAGAACAUGUGUGACACUGCUGUUAACUUGGGUCUGUGUGUGGAUGAAAAACAAACUAUUGACCAAAAAGAGACAGCAAAGAAGAUCUUUGGUGAUGCUAGAAGUAUUCCAGAGUUCAAGAACCAACAACUUCCUCUGCAAGGAAAAGAGUGGAAAUCACUCGCUCGAUUAGAAAGAGAGGAAUGUCGCAUCAAAGUUACAGCUGAUGUUGGAAUUGAACAUCGUAAAUGUGAGAUCAGAGCAGAAAAACAGAAGCUUCAGGAAGCACAAGCAAGAAAAAAGCUCUCCAGAGGAGUCACCAUGUUCAUUGAAACAUUAUUAUCCAGUGAUAAAGAACAAAGAGACUGUUUUCUGAGAUGGAUGCAGUUCUUGUUCAACACUCAUUCACAACACGUGUUAACUGAGCUACGGAAACAGUUCAAAGAGCAACGCAAAAGAAAAGAUGCAGCAGUUGUUGCAGAGUUGGAUCAGAAGUUAGUUGACAGUUCAUUGGGACUGGAGCAUUACAUGAGAGAAAUGGGGCUGAUUUUUGAGUUUUCCUCGCCUCUCCAAAACCUUGAGAAGCUUCCAGGUCUGGCUGCAGACCUGCUGCUGGAUGGUUAUCCAUUAGAGCUCCUGGAUGGAGAAGCCUCCAACAUCCCUCAGAGAUGGAUCUCACAUGUGCUGAUGGAGCUGCACCAGAAGGUUGGAGGGAGAAGCCGACUGUUGGUGCUGACUGUGUUGGGAGUUCAAAGCAGCGGAAAGUCCACACUUCUGAACACCAUGUUUGGAGUUAGAUUUCCUGUCAGCAGUGGGCGCUGCACAAGAGGAGCCUACAUGCUCUUUCUGAAGGUUGGAGAGGACAUGCAAUGUGGCUUUGACUUCAUCCUUCUUAUCGACACAGAGGGUCUGAAAUCUCCUGAGUUAGCUCAGCUUGAUGACAGUUAUGAGCACGACAACCAACUGGCAACCUUUGUCAUCGGCCUGAGUGACAUCACCAUCAUCAACCUUGCCAUGGAGAACGCUACUGAGAUGAAACUUGUUCUUCAGAUUUUCAUUCACGCCUCUUUGAGGAUGAAAGAAAUUCGUAAAAAGCCCAUUUGUCAUUUUGUGCACCAGAAUGUAGCAGGUGUUGCAGCUCAUGGAAAGAACACAGCAGGAAGAAACCGUUUGUUGGACCACCUGAAUGAAAUGACUCAGCUUGCUGCUGAAAUGGAGAAGAAGCCUGCUGUUCAGUCCUUCACUGAUGUGCUGGAUUACAACGUGGACACCAACAACUGGUACAUCCCAGGACUCUGGCAUGGAACCCCACCAAUGGCACCUGUCAACACAGGUUACAGUGAAGCUGUGGCAGAUUUCAAGAACAAGCUUCUGGAGAGUGUUAAACACAACCAGGACAGAGAACUCUCAACAAUUCCAGAGUUCAUUGAAUGGAUCACAAGUCUGUGGAGAGCAGUGAAAUAUGAAGACUUCAUCUUCAGCUUCAGAAACAUCCUGGUGGCUCAGGCCUAUGACGACCUGUCUAAAGAGUUCAGCCAGUGGGAAUGGGAGUUCAGGAAAGAGAUUCUCUCCCAGAGUGGAGAGGCAGAGUUAGAAAUCCAAAAUGCUGAUCAUGACUCAGACUUGUCUGCUUUAGUGAGGUCAAAGAAAUCAGAGCUCAUCGACAGCAUUAAAUCACAAGAGACCAAGAUGAGAGAGAAGCUAAAUGGCUACUACAAAAGAAAAGACCGACAUGUGAAACUGAUUGAAAAAUACAAGUCUGACUUCUCAAACAGCAUCACAAGUCUUUCAAUUGAGAUCAAGUCUGAAGUCAACACAAACCUAGACUCUGCACUGGAGCGGAAGAAGGCAUCCAUAAAAGUUCAAAAAAUUGAGGGUGAAUCCAGGAAGAUGAUGGAGCAGGAGGUGAUGAAGCUUCUGUCGAACGUUCGAGACCACACGUUGUCUGAUGAAGAACUGAGGACUGAGUUUGAUAAAAUGUGGACUUCAGCCACUGAAAAUGUGCCUCAACAGAAGGAAAGAAACAUUUGAUCUGAAUGAAAUCUUUGCCGUCAGAAUGUGAAUGAAUUAUUCUCUCGCGUUGUAGAUCUGAGUCAACAUGGUCGAGGCCAGUUCCAGGUCAGAAAUGAACACAUUGACUCAAACUUCAAGAAAGGUCAACAACCGUGGAGUGAUGAGCCCCAGGUGUUUACAAAUAAGGUGAUUGAGCAUUCAGAAAAGUUCAUUGCUGAUAAAUUCCAAACAAAUCAGGACUACAGUGAUUCAUUCAUGAGAGAGCUGCUGCAGGAAGUUGAUCAAUCUCUUGAAGAGAGUUACAAUCGUCACAAGACAAACAAACAGUUUGGAUUUGAGCUGAAACUUCAUAUUUGUGGAAUCGCUGCGAGGAAGUUCCAACAGAUGCACAAGAGAUUCUUGUCAGAUACUGAUCCAAGACUGCAGCUGGAAAAGCAGAAGGAGCAGUGGUUUCAGGACUUCCUGGACUUGUACAGAGAGAGGGACGACUGCCAGCGCAAAGCAGAGUACUUUGUCACCCUUUGUAUCAAACCAGCUGUGGAGGAUUACAUCAACAGGUCACUGGGAAUCACCAUUGUGGAUGAGGUUCUGACGAGUUCACACUCCGCAGUGUUCAGCUCUCGCUCCUUCUUCCAGUACAGCAUCCUGAAAGAGUUGCUCCUGCAGGAUGACUUCAAGGCUUUGGUCAAGUACUGUGGUGAAUAUGAAAGGUUUGUCAAGGAUUGGAUACGUCAGCAUGUUUCACAGAAGCUGCAAGAGAAUCAGACUCUUCUUAAACUCAGGAGAAACAACCUGAAAGUAAUUGUUGAGAAGAUCAGAAGAGUGAUAGAAGAGGCAGUGAGAAACUCACCAGAUGACAAUGAAAACAUCACAGAGCUUGUUGAUGGGAUCCGCAGGAGUCUGAUCAAAGACGUCUCAAUAUCUGAGGAGGCUGUCAGACGAAGCUUGUUCCAGAUCAAAAGCACAAGUCAUCAGUUUGGAAAGAUGGUUUUAGAGUCCCUUAGUGAGAUGACAGAAUCCUUCCACACUGAUUUCUUAAAACCUGAGGACGUCACAGAAACUCUGAACCAACUUCCUGUCAAACCAGAAGAUGAGCUGUUCAAGAGGGUCUUUGGUUGUGGCCACCAAUGUCCGUUUUGUAAAGUUCCCUGUGAGGAAGGAGGUAAAGAUCAUGAGAAGCACCAUGCUUCCAUCCAUCGACCUCAAGCUUUUGGAAGAUACCGUGACAAAGAGAGUCAAAUAUUAGUGGAAGCCCUCUGCACAGACAUGACGACUGACCUUAAAUUUAGCGCAGAAGAGACCAAACAAGAGAUUGUUCCUUUCACACAAUAUGCAGAGUAUUAUCCAGACUGGCACAUCCCACCAGAUGCCAGCAUACAAGCAUCUGACUAUUGGAAGCAUCUUCUUGUCAAAUACAACCAACAACUGGCUCAAGAGUUCGACGCCAAACCAGCCAACAUUCCAGAACUCUGGAAAGAAAUCACAAAGGAAAAAGCUCUGAAGGGCCUGAGAGAGGCCUUCAACAUCAGUGAAGAAGACCAUUAG